AUGACACAAGGUUGUGAGAAGUUUCAAUGUCAACAACGUGGAUAUAUGGCAAACUUUUACCUUGUUGAAAAAGGUUGUUUGUAUAAAAACGAGUGCCAUGCUGUUGGAGAUUCGUGGUCUGACCUAGAUACAUGUCGUUAUUUCUAUUGUUCAUCCCAGCAGAGUAGCGUUGGAGUAGUGGAGUCUAUCGUCAAAGUGCAGGAUGGAUGUUGGGACAAUGCCAAUGAGAAAUGUAGGGAGCAUGAAUCAAAAUGGUAUGAAGGCUGUUUUGAAAAACAAUGUGUCGUGACAAAGACAAAGAAGAACGUCGUAAUGAAAAAGAUUGUCCUUGUUUCUGGAGGAUGUGAGCAAACUAUUGGCUACAGAAAAAUUUGUCACGCCCCAGGCGAAAUUUGGAGCGAAAAUAGGGAGGAUAUGUGCGUCCAGUUGCGGUGUCAAGUCAGAAAGAACGUGUACACUUCAAAGAUUUUAAAACCAUUGUGCAGAGACGUGAACGGACAAUGCCACGAAGUUGGGGAUAUCGGCUUUGACGCCAUGGUCUAUGGAAAGCUUCUCCGCGAUUGCAAAUGUAAACUCAGAAACAAACAGCUGAAUUACAUAUGUAAAGGCUAG